AUGUCUCGAGAACAAUUGCUGGAGCUGUCGGUGAAAGACAGUCCUGUGAGCGUUCGAAGAGCAUCGACUACGGCAUCAGAUCUGGACUCGCCUAAAGGUAAUCCAGAUGCCGCACACCUGGAAUUAUUGCAGCCUAUCCCAGAUGAAAGCACUGAUGACAGUGAGUCCAUUACGUCAAAUCUGCAGGGUAUAACGGACGAUGUCAACGCUUUAUCGCUAUCAGUCAAGAGAUCAACAUCGUACCUGGGCAUCUCUUCCGUCUCUGCUGUAUUACGGGUCAUCAUAUGGCUGGAUCCUGAGGCCCAAGCAUUGUUUGGAAGGGCAAGAAGCUCCAGUGACACUCCACACAAAGUGGCAACAUCUCCUGCUAGAACAGAAGUCUUUCUUUCGCAAAUGCAGGCUAGUGGUCCUUCUUCGCUCUGGGAGGAGAUACCCUUGAUCAGAGCAUUCUUUGAUUACGUACAUCCUUUUGCUCCUGUGCUGGACGAGGACGAUUUCAAGAAGACUUAUAUGACUCAAACACGUACUGACGCACGGUGGAUGUUACUGCUCAAUGCUGUACUUGCACUUGGCAGUAUAGCAAAUGCGACAAGUCAUGAGGACCAUCGACACCUGAUGUACUGGCAACGUGCAAACGAGCAUCUCGGGAUAGAAACUUUGGGUUCCGCGCAUAUCGAGACUGUUCAAGCCCUGGUUCUCAUCGGAGGUCUGUAUCUUCAUCACUUACAAGAACCCAAUCGUGCGAGUUCACUUAUGGGAGCCGCAUUGAGACUUGCAACAGCUAUAGGCUUACAUCGAGACUUCUCCGAAACGAUGGAUCCCAAUGGCAAAUCGAGAGUAUCACACUCCAUCAAUGUUAGGAGACGUGUAUGGUGGAGUGCUUUCAUCCUCGAUGCCUGGGCAGGCUACUGUUUGGGCAGGCCGAGCAUGGGCCGAAUCACCCACGCCACAACAGUGACAAUUCCUGUUUCAGUCUCGCCGUUAGGAGCCUUGUUCCAGGAGAAUGUUCAAUUCUGCACUAUCAGCACAAGGAUGGAAGACAGUCUAGCAUACUCACCGGUGAUGCUAGACGAAGCACGACAAGCUUUGGAUGCAAGCUUCAUUGACUGGUAUCAACGCUCCUCUGUUCAGGAUAGCACGCCUCGACCUGACACGAUUGUCCCACAUGGUGUACUUGUGCUCAAGAAUGUUAUGCGUUGGCGAUACAACCUAUGCAGAAUUUUGAUACACAGGCCGAUCCUGUUGAGGUGUGCAAUGCAAAGAGUGCCCAUGGAAGCGGUUGUUCCUGACCAGCGGGAGGCUAUUGAGAUAUGCGUCAAUGUCAGCAACACCUUGAUCAAUGAUAUAUCGAAUACUUGGCAAGUUCAACGUCCUUGCCAGACCUCAGGCUGGAAUGCUACGUGGCUUCUGCAUCAAGCUUUGAUGGUUCCUUUAUUGCUGCUAUAUUCGAAGCUGCUUACAGAAGAACUCGAACAGACUUGUUGUGAGCUUGUUGAGACUGGUAUUUCAGCAUUCAACGCCAUGCGCACCUGGUCUCCUACUGCGUCCAGAUCACACGAUGUUGUCAGUCGAAUAUACUACACAAGUCGACGACAUUCGUCGGGGGUGCUACGGGAGGAACCACAGUGUAAUGUACAAGAACGCCUCGAUCUGUCGCAAGAUUCGUGGGUCAACCUCAACAACGCAACACAACAAGGCAGCUAUGACGAUUUGACUUUGAUGAACCCCAACGACGUCUCCAUGGAGUCAAUGUACGACUCACUGAACUGGACCACGGCUUGGAAUGAUUUAUUCCAGAGUCAUACUUCGUAUGAGCAGCAAGGCGAACUUGACGCCUCCGCAUUCCCUCAGGACGGCUUCUACCAGUAG